AUGCCUCCCAAACCGAAGCUGCUGCCGCGGCCCGUAUACGAUGAGAAGUCGAUCCUUGAGUGCCAGCUGACCCAGGAGUUGAAGGAGAUCAUCCACUCGCUCACCCACACCGAGCUGGACGAGCUCUACCAACAAUACAAACAAUCGGUGCGUCAACAACUCGAGAACGACCGCAAGUUGAUCGCCGACCUCAGCGAGGAAAACGCCCGCUUAAAGGCCCAGCUACUGCAGCCCAUGCAACUGCCACAGGAAGUGACCUCCCCCAUCAAAAAGACUCCCCAGCUGAUCACUUCCGCUGACGACUUCCGCCAGGAGCUCCGCGAGAUUAGCCACACUUUGGACCUUAUAGAACUUUUAACCGGGGUAUCGGUGACUGAUUUCAGCGAGCGGGAUGGACAAUACUUCUUUGAAGUGGAGCAAUUCGGCAACGCGUUGGCAGGCCCCACCGCCCAACGGCUAAAGAUGGAGUACCAGCUUGUCAUCAAGCUGGAGCAGACGGGCACCGACGACGAGAUCAUCUACCACCCGCUGUUCUUACACUACAACACCAGCGACACUGAACAGCUCAAACUGAUAUUGCCCGAGUACCUAUUGGAAACCCUCAAUUUCCCCAUCAACACGUUAGGGCAGUUCUACACUAAAGUCUCCCGCGCUUUGAAUAAAAAGCAAUGA